AGUCUUGCUUCGAGUCAGCAAUGCAUCGCAGUGUUGAACCUUAAUUUUCUGGAUGUAAAUGUCCACGAUUGAGAUGUUAACACUCACGUGACAUUUCGCCGAUCAUGCUCGAUUUGACAUCGAAAUUCCAAAGACAAUUAUUGAAGAAAUGGCGGCCCUUUCAAGCCACCGACUUUCAAUCCUUAAUGUGUCCUUGCUUCACUUUUUGCCACAUUCUUGGAAUAUUCCCGUACACGAUCAACGCUUCGACCUUCAAGAUGUCCAAACCGCGUUACAUUCUGUCAACCGUCGUUAUCUGCAUGAUCGGGGUCUUCGAAAUCAUGCUGCUCCAUAGCUGGCUUUCUGGAAAGAUGAUAGAUUUUGAAGACGUACCGAAGGCUCUCGAGGUUCACUUCUACUAUAUACUUAGCUGUUUCAUAACGAUCGUCACGUAUAUCUUGAGCGGUCCACGAAUGCGUUUGCUCCAGACCGUAAUGGAUGUCUCAUCAAAGCUGUCCUCGAAUACAUAUAAGAAAUUGUCCCAACUAAUUCACGCGAAAGACAUCAGCGGUUUCUUCUUCUUUCUCGCGAUAAUGAUGAUAUGUUACAGCAAGCUGAACACCGGCCCUUUACUAAAAUUGUACACAAUGUACAUUGGUUUGGUGGUCUUUCAGAUGGAUAUGCUAUACAUGAAUUGUGUUUAUAUAUUGAAAGCUUGUUUUAAGAGACUCAACGACAAGAUCGCGAAUCUCCGGAAACUCGUGGUGAAGGAUGUGUCGCAUCUAUUCAGCCGGAUAUACCAUCACGAGCAGAGAAAUCCAUUUCUACUGAUAGAGCUGAAAGCUCUGAAAAAGCAGCAUUUGAUGAUCAGUGACACGGUGCAGAUGUUGAAUUUGGUCUUCAGUUUGCAGCUCCUCGCUACCAUGAUCAUAACUUUCGGUGAAAUUACUUUCGGUCUGUAUUUCUACAUAUCUCAAUGGCCGAUUUUCAGCAACGAAUUGCCUAAAGAUCUUUGGUACUCAUAUUUCAUGAUGUUUGUAAUAUAUCAGUUUUUUAAAAUGUUAUUGAUGGUAUGGGCCUGCGAGACCGGCAAGAAUCAAGCUCUUGAAAUUGGCACCACCAUUCACCUCUUGUUUAAUAGCAUUAGCGAUAAAGAAGUGAAACACGAGUUGAAGUUGUUUUCUUUGCAAAUAUUGCAUCGCGAAAAUAUAUUUUCAGCAAAGGGUCUGAAUGUAGACGCGACACUUGUAGCUGCAAUUGUUGGCAACGUUACUACAUACGUAUUAAUCUUAAUGCAGUUCCUAUUGCUGUCUAAUUCCUGCGAUGGAAAUCCUGUGUCUACGCACAAUAUUACACAAAUAAACUAAUUAAAGUAAGGUAUCAAUCAAAGCAAUAAAAUAUUUUUUAAUAUAUAUGCGUAUUUACGAAGCGAAUUUAUACGUAUUCUCUCUUUUAAAGAAAAGGU